CCUUCGGCUAAAAUAGUUCAACAAUUUUUAACUCUGCUUUGUUCGAAGUGUUUUAUUUUUAAUUUUGCAUUUUAAUAAACAAAAGGAGAUGCACAACUUCAUAUUCUACAUAUUCCUCGUUUGGCUUAGCUGUCUUAGCGAUCUAACUGUGAUGUGCUACAAAAUACCAGAAGUUAAGCUUGACGUACUUCCGAACGGAUUUCGAGUGUCUAUACCGCAUGAAGCUGGCAUUACAAGUGUAAUUUAUAACAUCGAGAUAAACGAGCAGUGUCCGUUAAUAUACGAUCUGAUAACAGCGCAGCGAGGCAAUUUUUGGAUCAGUGAACAAAACGCCAGAAAAUUAUAUGUAAAUGAUGAAAUAAAAAUCAAUGUCGUGGUGCAGCAUAACGAUAAUAUUUUUGCACGCACCGACAUAAUAGAUAUUUUUCAAAAUUUUGAACUCACUUAUGAAACCGUUAAAAAUGGCGACCAACCGGUAGAUGCUUGUGAUUUUGAUGCAUGGAACGAGAAUGCUGGAAAUGUAGAUAAUAUAGACAAACGCAGCAUUACGAAGGUCAUUUUAAAAAAUCAACAAUCAAGCAAAUUGUACGAACCGAAUGAAUUAAUUUUUGAAGAGAAUUUCAAUACCUUGAAUAAUUCUAUAUGGAGUUAUGAUCUGUAUAUGCAUUCAAAUGCGAUUGGUGAUGGAUCUGAGGAAUUUACUAAGUUCACUAAUGAUGAAAAUCACAUUUCGGUGCAAAACGGUUCGCUAUGGAUAGCACCUAAAAUAUCUCCGAAGCGGCGAAAGGAGGCAUUUCGUAUUACCGGGUGUAGUGCACCUGCAUGUUAUAAAAACCGAAAGGAGACAUGCAUCUAUGAAAAGAAAAGGAAUAGAUUUUACAUGUUUCCACCGCCCGUAGAUUCUGCGAAAAUCAACACAGCAAAUGUAUUUAGCUUCACAUAUGGGCGCAUCGAAGUCAGUGCAAAACUGCCGGAAGGUGAUUGGUUAAUUCCGUACAUCAUGCUCCAACCUGACCAGCCUAAUUGUAGUAUACGCAAGCAACUCCGAAUCGCUUAUGCCACUGCAAAAGACUUGGAAAAAUCCCGUAUUCGUGGUGGCCCAGUCAUACUUUAUGCCGCUCCUAAUCCCACCAGACCUAAGGUAAAUUUUUUCGAACGUACAAGUCAUAUGGUCUUCCAAACUGGUGUUAAGCCGAAUGAAUACCACAACUACACUAUGGUAUGGACUUCAAAGCAAAUAGCUAUGUAUGUUGAUGGCACAAAGUACGGUUGCAUUCCAAAUAACGGCGAAUAUACUGAAAGUUACCAUAUCGUUUUGGGUGUCUCUGCUGGAGGACAUUUGGAAUAUAAACACAUCACUUCAAAACCAUGGAUUAACGGUGUAAAUAGCGCCGUAAAACAGUUUCAAGAAAGCUUUACUGAAUGCUGUGCAAGGUUUGGCGCAGAGGGUGAAUGUACUGAUGAAAAAUGCUUAAGAAAAAAAAAAGGUAAAAAAUAUUGCACACAAGAGGAGAUGUAUUAUGUGAAGAAAAUAUGCAGCAAACCAUGGGGUUUACAUGCACCUAUGGAAAUUAAUUAUGUACGAGUAUAUGCUGUAUAGUACCAUUAAAUAGAAUUGAGCAACUACGUGAAUGCGGAGAAAUAAAUUUACAUAUGCAUAAGCAUGUACAUACAUACAUACUAAAUACAUAUAUCACAGAACGCCUACUUGCCAUAUGAUUUAUUGUGACUGAUUAUUCUCUAUUAUUUCUAUCAGAUUCGCUUCUGUACAAAUGUAUUGCAUAUGUAUGUAAAAAUUGAAAGUUUCUUAGUAAAAAUUUUGCAUUAUGGGGUUGCUCUUUUUGCUUUUGUGUUUAUGUUUUAUUCAUUGACCAGCGACUGUAGAAAAUCAAGCAUAAAUA